AUGUUCCGUGUGGUGGUGCUCCUAGGUCUAGUGCUUCAUGUUAUAACGGAAAUCAUCCAUGUUCAAGUGAUUUUUAGGCAUGGUGAUCGAGCUCCCUCGGAUGUUUACCCGUUAGAUCCCUAUGGUGAAGAGGUUUGGCCUCGUGGAUUCAGCCAAUUGACCGAAAAAGGAUACAAACGCGCUCAGCAACUAGGGAAAUAUUUGCGAAUACGAUACAGGACGCAGCAUAGUUUAUUAGGCCAAAAAUUUGAAAAUAGAAAGAUUUUCGUCCGUUCAAGUGACAAAGAUCGAUGCAUAGAAACGGCUAUGGGAGUUAUUUCCACCCUUUUUCCAGGUGAAAUAGUACCAAUCCACACCUACUCGAGUCAUAAGUACGAUCUGCUUUUAAAGCCGAGCAGUGUUCGCUGUGACCGAGCAAAUAUCUUGGUUUCCGGAGAUAAGCGGAAACUCUAUCAAAAGCGAAACCGGGAGUACAAGAAUCUCUUUGCUUAUCUUUCGCAACACACCGGAACGCAUGUCUCAAUGAGCAACAUCAAGAACAUCUACAACAUCGUUCAUCGCGAGGUGAGUGUCACUGUCUCAUGUGGCUUUCACUGUGGCUAUUUCUUAUACUCUCCUUGCUAAAC